CUACUGAAUUGUACUUGUGACUAUGAUGUGUCUAUGAAGGAUCUGCGAUGCAAUGAACGUUGUUUACUCUCGCAGGUGGAUAUGACGUCACGGACUUGGGACAUAAAAAACAACAACAUCCAAACAUCCAUCCGCGAUUCUUCCUUUUUUUCUGCUUCUUUUCUCGGCGUGUUAAAAUCUAAUAACAACAUUAAGAAAGAGAGCUCGCGCCUUUCCCCGCGAGGCAGACUGGGAGGCAGCGAGUGUGAAACUCCACAUUUUGCCUUUUUUUUUCUCGACGCCCUCGGUAAGAUUAUCUCUUUCUCCUUGUAGUUAAGUUAGUCCCCCCACCUCGCCACCAACGCCGAGGCGUCGCACGCGUUCUCGGUACACAAGCUCCCGUGCACGGCGUCGUUAUCUCAUACUAGCAAAUCGGUACCCUCCGCGUGCGCCUGUUAGCUGCUGUAAAGCGUUUUCCAUUGCGGUGUCCUCUGUGAAACCCCCAUGGUCCUGCCCUCAAGACUGUGAGCUGAAUUCUGAUUGGAGGAAUGGAGUGCCAAUCUGCCCUACACUAGUGAUCAGGUCAGGAGACUCCAGUGGUGACAUCCUGUGGAGCCAGAGAUCAAAGGCGAGGAGGCUGUUUUACCACUGCUGGAACUGUGGAUUGCUUUAAAUAAGCAAGUCAUUGUAGAAGGUCUUUAAGUCAUGAUGCAAGAAUCUGGGACGGAGGCGACAAGCAACGGACCAGCCAAUCAAAAUGGAGGAGCGAGCGUGGAGGGCGCGUCCAGGGAGGGCCGACCCAAGAGUGCCACGCCGUCAGUGGAGGUGACUGCAGCUGACCUCCUGCAUCUCCAGCAGCACCAGGCUCUCCAAGUGGCUCGGCAGAUACUCCUCCAGCAGCAGCAUCAACAACAGCAGCCCCAGUCGCAGCAACUGCAGUCUCAACAUAACACCGGACGCAAAUCCCCCAAAGCCAACGACAAGCAGCAAAGCCUACAGGUUCCAGUUUCAGUGGCUAUGAUGACACCUCAAGUGAUAACUCCACAGCAGAUGCAGCAGAUCCUUCAGCAGCAAGUCCUGAGCCCUCAGCAGCUCCAGGUUCUUCUCCAGCAGCAACAGGCCCUCAUGUUACAGCAGCAGCAACUCCAAGAAUUCUACAAGAAGCAGCAGGAACAGCUCCACCUCCAACUUUUACAGCAGCAGCAGCAGCAGCAGCAGCAGCAUCAUGCAAGCAGCAAGCAGAGUAAAGAGCAGCAGGUGUCAGCACAGCAGUUGGCCUUCCAGCAGCAGCUCCUGCAGGUCCAGCAGGUCCAGCAGCAGCAUCUGCUCAACCUUCAGAGGCAAGGGCUGCUCACAAUCCAGCCUGGACAGACCGGCCUGCCGCUGCACUCCCUCACUCAGGGCAUGAUUCCAGCAGAGCUGCAGCAACUGUGGAAGGAGGUGACAAACGCUCAUGUGAAGGAGGAGCACAACCACAGCAGCAACAACGGCCACCGGGGCCUCGACCUGUCAUCCCCGGCACCGCCAAAGAAUCCACUCCACAACCAGCACGCCUCCACCAACGGGCAGUACAUGAGUCACAAGAGAGAAGGAUCCACGCUAGAAGAGCCUUCCCACCACAGUCACCCUCUCUAUGGUCACGGUGUUUGCAAGUGGCCUGGAUGUGAGGCGGUAUUUGAUGAUUUCCAGUCAUUCCUCAAGCAUCUUAACAAUGAGCACGCCCUGGAUGACAGGAGCACGGCCCAGUGUCGGGUGCAAAUGCAGGUCGUACAACAGCUGGAGCUGCAGCUAGCGAAAGACAAAGAACGUCUGCAAGCUAUGAUGACGCACCUUCAUGUCAAGUCCACGGAGCCCAAAGCCACCCCACAGCCGCUCAACCUGGUGUCCAACGUCACAUUGUCCAAAUCGGCCCCUGAGGCCUCUCCUCCUCUGAGCCUGCCCCAGACCCCCACCACACCAACGGCACCCCUCACACCCCUGUCCCAGACCCACUCCGUCAUCACAGCCAACAGCCUCCACAGCAUGGGCCCCAUGCGACGGCGCUACUCAGAAAAGUACAACAUGCCCAUUUCUCCAGAUCUCAGUCAAAACAAAGAGUUUUACAUGAAUGCAGAUGUUAGACCGCCGUUCACGUAUGCCUCAUUAAUAAGACAGGCAAUCCUCGAAUCUCCAGAAAAGCAGCUAACACUAAAUGAAAUCUACAACUGGUUCACACGAAUGUUUGCAUAUUUUAGGCGCAACGCAGCAACGUGGAAGGGUGCCAUUCGCACCAACCUUUCCCUGCAUAAGUGCUUUGUGAGAGUAGAGGAUGAGUUUGGGUCCUUUUGGACCGUUGAUGAUGAGGAGUUUAAGCGCGGCCGCCACAUACAGCGAGGCCGCCCUCGGAAAUACGCCGCUGAUGAGAACUUUGAGGAGCUGCUCGUACAAAGUCCAGCCUUAGUGAAGAACAUUCAGACCAGCUUGGGCUAUGGUCCGACCCUCUCUGCUGCCUUCCAGGCUUCAAUGGCAGAAAACAACAUACCUCUAUACACUACUGCUUCCAUUGGAAGUCCCACCCUCAACUCCCUGGCCAACGCCAUCCGUGAGGAGAUGAAUGGAGCGAUGGACCAUGGAAACAGCAACGGCAGUGACAGCAGCCCGGGACGCUCGCCCCUGCCAGCUAUGCAUCACAUCAGCGUUAAGGAGGAACCACUGGACCCCGAAGACCACGAAGGGCCCCUCUCCCUGGUAACGACUGCCAAUCACAGUCCGGAUUUCGAUCACCACAGAGACUACGACGACGACCAGGGCCACGACGAUAUGCUGUAAGGCUAUAGCACCGCGCGCCCCCCCCGCUCCCCCCUCCCCAGCCUCAGAGGCAGAGGCAGUCUGGGUCAUCUGGGAGACGGAAAGGCUCCGCAGAUAACAAACACUGAACUGCAGUCUCAGCCACUGAAGACAGCGCUCAAAUGUCUCCAAGUUAACUUUUUAGUGCCAUUACAAUACAUAGCAAGAACACACAUACAAAAAAAAACACGCCCCCAGGCGAGGGAUUUUUUUCUUCUGAUUACUUUCUACUUUUGAUUCAAAUAAAACUUAAAAAAAGUGAAAACAAACUUCAUUUCUACUCAUGUGCGGGAUUGGACUUGCUUGGUACGGGGGGUGGGUCGGG